AUGAGCUUCGCAGAUCUAGAGUCCGGGCGGCCGCUGGUGGCGGGAGGGAGGAGGGAGCUGAUCAACGGGAAGAAUGACCCGGCGCGGGCCGUGGCUGCCGGCGUCUUCCAGAUCAACACCGCUGUCUCCACCUUCCAGCGGCUCGUGAACACGCUCGGGACCCCCAAAGACACACCAGAGCUCCGGGAGAAAUUGUGAGAGACGCGUCCUCAUCUGUUGUUUUGCUCUUCCCAUUUUUUCCGCGUUUUUAUGUUUUUUGUCCGUUUUGUGUUUUUCUCGUCGAAUUCCCGGUUCUGUCUUAACCUUACAAUUCCCGGUUCUGGGUCUAAAAAUCUUGAGUACUUCGUUAACUAUUUUCCCCUAGGCUUGAAACCCUUUUUGUGAUUCUCAUCAUUUGAAGACGGGAGAUUAGUUUUCUGGCGUAUUUAGCGUGGCAAAUAGGACUGGGAAAGAAACGCCAUUAUGCUUUAAUCCAUUUGGCUCUUCACUACAGGUCUGACUUUUUAUUGUUAUUUUUAUGCUCGUUAAGUACCUGGUGGAUCUUCAUCAAUCACCUGGCUAACUACAUAUUCUCUUUGGAAGGAUGGCUGCCCGAUUAACAUUAAUUAUGGCUGAACGUAUCUGCUUAUUUUCUCCAUUAACUUCAGCUGAAUUAUCCUUGACCUUUGUAAGACAAGUCCCUUCAGGAUAGAGCCAAUGAUUCCUAUGAAAAAAAAUCUUGGAGGAAUAUGCUAGAGCAAAUAUCAGUACAUAUAUCAAUGCCUUGUCAUAAUCCUGAAGCUCUGUUAUGAAAGAAUCUAAUGCACAUGGAAAUCAUCCUGGAAUUUUUCUUUUUCGACCAUCUACCAGUUUGCUACCGUCCAUUCUGAAUUAAGCUUUCUGUCUUUGGGAGAGUAGAUUAUUCCAUUUCACCUAAGUUUUAAUGCAUAUUUCUAAUUUCCGGUAAAAAAAAGUAUGGUAUAUUUUGCAAAAGUUCUUUUCAGCGAUUUUUGUCAAGGAAAUGAUAUUUGCUUAAAAAAAUGAAGCUGAUGAGUUGUCUUGAUUGCAGGCAUAAGACAAGAUUACAUAUUGGACAAUUGGUGAAGGAUACAUCGGCUAAACUUAAGCAAGCCAGUGAAACAGAUCAUAAUGCUGAAGUUAGUGUAAGUGCACCAUUAUAGUUGUCCUCUUGGCUAUCAUAUCAACUAUCUGCCGUGGAAAAUAAUUUGAACUAAAAGAGUUACAUGAUAAUGAAUUUUAGUCGAAUCGCUGGAACAAUUGUACGCUUGUCAGAGAAAAAAACUUGGAAAUCAUUGUGUUAUUGAUUAGUUUAGGGAUUAAUCCCUAGGUUUAAAUUAUUCGUGUACAGAAAUGACUGCUUUGUGGUAGUUUUUCUGUGGUAAUGUAAUUUAAUGCAAGUUCGUUCAAUGAUGGUGAGAGCUAGAGGCAUGCGACUGUUCCCAUUUCUGCAUAAAAUAUUAUUAGGAUCAUGAGGAUGAUUCUCAUACUUUCAGGGACAUUUUGAAUGUACUGCUUCCAUUCUAACGCGUUUAAAAAAGCAUUUUAUAUUGGAAAUAACUAGUUUUCUGCUAUGUUUUUCAACAGAAAAUGCGUGUGAAUAUUUAUUGUUAAAUGAAAGUUCGAUUGAUGAUUUUUGUCAAUCGUAACAUGUCCUGAAGGCCUUACAUAGUGGAUAAUACAUUCGUUUACUGUCUAACAGAGUUUAAUGAAUAUGGACAUGAUAUUGAUAACCUUAGAUGUUUUGUGUAUCUGAUAAAAAUGGCAGCUCUUGGUCCUGCGGUGCUUUCAAGUUUUUGAGAAUAUGAACAGGAUAUUCAUUGCAUUUUAAUGGUUGCAUCACAAUAUCCCAAACCCCCUCUAUUAACAUAAGUCUUUUGAAAACUACAGUAUAUGCACUUAGAUGACCUUACUGUAUAUCAGUUGUUUAGAUGGCACAGUAAAUUGAGCUGGCUUGGGCUAGUUUAGAUGACUCUGCUUUUUGUUAACCAUUCAUUAGAGAUAUUUCAUCUCUUUAUGCUUCCUGGUGGGAAACAUUUACCAAAAAUCUGAUUUUUGCUGCCCACCAAGGAAUUCCUGUUCUUAAUUAAACUUUGUAUAUAUUCGUCAAUUAGUCACAGCAGCCGAUCGUCGGGAAAGACCAUCAAUCUCGUAUUGUCUGCCUUUUAAGUGUUGACAAAGUGAGUGCACACGUGAAAAAUGAGGGAAAUUUAUGAAUAUCGGAAGAGAGAAAAAAAUAAUCCCUGUGCAGAUAUAUGUCCCCAUGUUGAGUAAAAUUGUAUGCAAUGGUUCUUGCAAGAAGCCUGUAAAUCUUUGUAUAUUCUGUCUGUAUGAAUUUCUAUAGCCUUGCUGCUCCACAUUUGUACAGCUUUUUAAUUAUUGAGGGAAUUACUCUGUCAGAAAAGUGAGGGCUGGUUUACUGGGUUUAUAGCUUUAGCGCCCUCGUUUUUUACGACACUGCAUGAUGAAUAUGUCUACGAUUGGCUUGUGUUCCAUCAUAUAUGGUGUUACUGAAGCUUGUUCAGAUGUUGAUCUUGGACUUCAGGCCAGCAAGAAGAUUGCUGAUGCGAAGCUCGCUAAAGAUUUUCAAGCAGUUUUGAAAGAGUUUCAGAAGGCUCAACGACUUGCAGCUGAGAGGGAAACAGCAUAUGCGCCCUUUGUUCCCCAGACAGUGCUGCCAUCGAGGUAGCUUUCUUUUGAGCAACUCUGAUUUGCUUUGUCAGAUCUGGAACUUCUGUCUACUGGAUGUCGUUCAUAGUUCCCCUUCAAAAAAAAAUGUAAGAUAAGGAAAAAAGUGAUCUUUAUAUGCAGCUACACUGCCAGUGAGAUCGAUGUAGGUUCGGAUAGAACACCUGAACAGCGUGCUCUCCUUGUGGAAUCCAGAAGGUGAGGCGUGUUUUUUUAUAUAUUUUAUGUUCAUAUUUCGCUCUGAACUUGCAUUGUUUCCAUUACAACCCAAGAACAUAAUCAAAUAGAGCGUAGGAUUUGUAUGUUUUUACGUUCAUAUGGUGUUCUGAACUCUGAAACCUCGCUCUCUUUUUCUUAUUUUUUCCCAUAAUUUGGUUUGAUUCUAGGCAAGAGCUGCUGCUGCUGGACAAUGAGAUCGUCUUCAACGAGGCCAUAAUCGAAGAGAGGGAGCAGGGGAUUCAGGAGAUCCAGCAGCAGAUUGGUGAGGUUAAUGAGAUCUUCAAGGACCUUGCUGUUCUGGUCAACGACCAGGGAACCUUGAUCGGUGAGCUUAAGACUUCCGUCCCCCCAUGAAACUCCUCUCUGGCUUCCUGCUUUUCAUGGCUGACUUUCUAAACUACUUGGGAUCUCUCAGAUGAUAUCGAGUCCAAUAUCGAGAGCACCAACGCCGCCACCACGCAGGCCAAGUCCCACCUGGCCAGAGCUUCCAAGACCCAGAGGUCCAAUUCGUCUCUGGUAACUCUCUCUCUCUCUCUCUCUCUCUCUGUAUAUAUAUAUAUAUAUAUAUAUAUAUAUCUAUCUUUGAUAACCCACUGAAUAAUCAAUUACCCCCCCUCUAUUUUUUGAGAAUUUAGAAUCAAAUUCGACAAGGAAAAAAUAACCCCUUUUUAGGACUUGUUCACAUUUUUCAUCUCCUCUCUCUACCCACCUACCCACCUACCUCUCUCUCUAAUAUCUAUGUAUAUAUAUUAUUGUAUCGGAUCUAAAGUUGCCUGUUGAUGUUGAUUGAAUCAGACGUGCAUGCUGCUGGUGAUCUUUGGAGUGAUCCUGCUCAUAGUGAUAAUAGUGAUAGCUGCUUGA